AAUUUUAAAUUGCUUUCGUUUAAAGUGUCUCUUCUUCGAAUUGUACCGCCAUUCGUCGAAUGACGUAUGUACGUCACACUAAACACGCCUUUAAUCGCAUUUGAUACCUUGUCGAUAGAUAGACGAGUCAUAUUAUGAUGAGAAUUGCGAUUUAAAAGUGACCGUUUCUUCUUCAACUUUUAUCUUUUUUAAAAAAGUCGCAAUACGUCGUAAAAGGGAACGCGUUAAGUGCGCGAAAUUGCGCGCUAAAAUGAGUCUUAAUAUAACAAAGUUAUUUUCAAGGAAGAAAACUGGUCCGGUUGAUACAGUCGCUGAGAUUGGUUUACCUACUAACGUUUCUCAUAAAUUUCAUGUGAGUAAAAAUGCCGAGACUGGACAAUUGGAAGGUCUUCCCGAAUCUUGGAUUCGUCUGUUGAAUACGCAAAUAUCAAAAUCAGAACAGGAUGAAAACCCUGCUGCAGCUUUACAAGCCAUUAAAUAUUAUAAUUAUUCUAUGAAACGAAAACCAGAGGAAAAAGUAUUUAAACCUUUUGUUACGGAAGAUUUGAUCGAGGAAGAGUCUCAAGAAAUUGAUAAAAUUUUGUCGAAGAAACGUCACUCUGAAGAUUCUGAUGGAUCGAGCUCUGCAAGUUCUACGGAUAGUCAAGUGCAAAGGUUACCUGAACUUCCACCAAAAGUGAAUAAGAUUCCAAAACCCACACCACGAAUAUAUCCUGAUAGGGUUGAGAAAACUCUUACUGAGAUUCUUGAAGAUUUAAAUACAUAUCAAAUUGAAGAUGAUCAGUUGCCUGAGAAUGGAAGUGAACAAAAUAAAGCAGAAGAGAGUCCCAUUUUGCGAAGGAAGACAGAAUGUUCAACAGUAAAGCUUAAUGAUGAAGAGAUUUUUGAAGAACUUCGAGCUAUCUGCCACGAUGGAGAUCCAAAUCUUCGUUUUGAAAAAACUAAAGAAGUUGGAGCUGGUGCUUCAGGUACUGUAUUCAUAGCUAGCGAUGUACAAACUGAUCAAAAAGUUGCUAUAAAAGACAUAGAUUUAUCAAAGCAGCCUAAAAAAGAGCUUAUAUUGACUGAAAUUAAAGUUCUCAAAGAAUUUCAACAUCCAAAUCUGGUUAAUUUCUUGGAUGCAUACCUUUUAAAUGAACAUCUCUGGGUUAUUAUGGAACUAUUAGAAGGUGGGCCACUUACAGAUGUUGUUACUGAAACUAUAAUGAAAGAAGCACAAAUUGCAGCAGUUUGUAGAGAAGUUCUAAAUGCAAUUAGUUUUUUACAUACAAGAGGAAUUAUUCAUAGAGAUAUCAAAUCAGAUAAUGUACUUCUUGGUAUGAACGGUGCUGUGAAAGUUACAGAUUUUGGUUUUUGUGCUAAUAUCGAUGGUGACGAAAAACGUCAAACUAUGGUCGGUACUCCAUACUGGAUGGCACCAGAAGUAGUGACCAGAAAACAAUAUGGUAAAAAAGUAGAUAUUUGGUCUUUAGGUAUUAUGGCUAUUGAAAUGAUAGAAGGCGAACCACCUUAUAUGAAAGAAACACCUUUAAGAGCUUUAUAUUUAAUCGCUGCCAUUGGUAAACCUUCUAUUCCCAGGUGGGAUACUCUAAGUCCGACGUUUCAAAACUUCUUAGAGAGAUGUUUGGCAGUUGAAGUCGAUGAAAGGGCAACUGCUGAUGAAUUAUUGUCUCAUCCAUUUUUAGAAAAUUGCGCGGAAUUAACAAGUCUGAUACCCUUAAUAAGAACAGCGCAAAGAAUUCUUCAUAAAGUGUUUCACUAAAUAAUUUUUCUUUUUUAAGUAGAAAUCAAACAUCUAUUUUUAUUUUCAAAUACAUAUAUUUAGUUUCUUGAAUAUAUGUGUAGCAUUGCAUUUAUAUUAUCUAUACAAUGCAGAAGCAUCCUAUAUACUGCACAUAAUUUAGAUAUUUAUAGUGCAGUGAUUUUAUGUAUUUUAUAUAUGACCACCUACUAUAUUUAUAUCAAUGUUACCAAAUUUGUAAUAGAAAUAGUGUAAGUUAUAGCAAUGAAAAAAUUACUAGAAGAUCUAAAAUUUAAUUUUUAAAAAGUAGUUAUUCAUUUAUUGUAAUAACUUUUAUAAUACAAUAUAUGUGAUAGAUUAAUUUCUAUUGCUUCGGUCAUUGAAAAAGUUAUCAUUAAUAUAAAUUAUUCAUGAUCAUUUCAUGUGCAAUACCUAUUGUGGAAGCUCAAUGUCUUUUUUAUAUUUUCCUUUUUCUUAUAAAAAAAAGGUGCAAUCUGCCAUUAAUUUUAAAACACAGUAGGUGCAGGAAGGAUACAAGUCAACUUCAUUGUGCUAAAAAUAUAUUUCACGUUUUGUAUCAGCUUAAGAAUCCAUUUUACAAUUGUUUACAUUUUUUAUAUAGUAAAAUAUGAUUUAUGUAAUACUUUCAUUAUAUAAAAUAUUGUACUUAGUUUAUUCAAGAACUGAAAUCGCUAGAUAUGUGGAAAUAGUAUCUGUCAAGGGUAUAACAAUUUAUACUUGACAGUUGUCAAAAUACUAUAAAUAAUAAUUAUUUAGUUAUAGUACAAAUUUAAUUUAUAAUCUUAAUUUAAUAAUUUUAACAAUUGAUGUUUCAAAUGUACAUCAUACAUUUCGUUUAUUAUAUUUACCAUUUACAUUUUCUGAAUUGCAUUCCUCCAUUGUUUGAAAUUUAAUAAAUCAAGUUAUGCCAUACAUUUUUAAUCAAACAAUUCACAUACAAAGUGGGUAUUGUAGUAAAUAUUAUUUUUUAUAUUUGAUUAAUCAUUAUGUAAUUACACAAGAAAGACUGCCUUUGUAUUAAAAAUUUUGUAGUCCACGUUUUUGAAGAAAAUUUGUAUCGCAGUAAUGAAAAGUUGUACCUUGUGAUUCAGUGUUGCAAGCACGUGUAUUAAUAACCAAGUAUUUUAAAUAAUGUGACAUACACACAUUUUAAAAUGUAUUUUUUAAAUCUUUUACAAGUUUCAACUAGUUUUAUAAGGUUUCACCAAAAUGUAAUAAUGUGCAACAUUUAAAGAAAUUUUCUACUUAUAGUUUAAAAUCUAAUGCUGUUCAAAGCAGAUGCCAAAUUUUAGAAAGUGCUAUUCUAUCAUAUGAAUACUAUGAAUACUAUGAAUUGUGUAUAUAGUAUUUUCAGAAUAUCCUUCAUGAAACAUAUUUGUAACUAUACUACAAUCAAAUAUCGUCCAUAAUUACUUAGUUUAAGAUCUGAGCAGUAAUAUCACUACUGUGAUAACCAAAACUGAAUCCUGUUGUAUUGUAUUUCUAUAUUUAAUAUUGUCAUAUUAUUUUUUAUCUUUUGUGUAAUUAAGUAUUGCAUGUUCAAUUUAAAUAUGAUUUAAUUUAACUUCAGCUCAGUAAUAAACACUGAUAUAAAAUCAUAUGUAUGAAUUCAAUAUGUAUGAUCACUAAGUCAAUUAUUUAGUAUGUAAAAUGAUCAAUCAAAUCAAAUGUAAAAUAAAUUUUAUGCUUGACUAUAUUUAUAUUAAGAUGAUAAAUCAAAAAAUUUGUUAAAAAAGCAUUAAUGUAAAAUUAAUUAAUCUAGACACAGUCGUAACAUUUGUGCCUUAUCAAAUCAAUACAUAUGGUUCUAUGCCAAUUGCCUUAUAAAUACUUUUAUCAGUGAUAAUGCAGCAUAAAAAGAAUAAUAAGAUAACUGAUAAUUGCACAAAAUAUUUGCAAAAUGUUUAAUUGUUUUUGAAUAUUCCAUAUCUAUGUAUUAUUUUUAAAUAUAUAUAAGGAAACAUCACAUCGUUUUAACAAUAAAUGGUUUAUUUACAA